UCGGAGGGUUUAGGGGGAGAGGCUGAGGAAAGGGUGACGGUCCGCACAGGGAUAGACAUACAAAUGUGUGAGGUUGAUUGCCGUGUUUCUGCUAACUUGCUGCUCCCCACCCCACGACCCCCCAGACCUCUCGCCCACCUCCGCCUACUUAAAAAUGAAAAUGGUGACACGGUGCCGACGGCGGAUGUCGGAGCGUGUCGCCGGGGUCACGCGUGGCGCGGUGCUCCUCGGUUCGGCCUUCUCCACCCCCAGCCCCACUGCACCCCUCCAAGAGCAUCUGUCACCACAGGGGGUCAGCGGGGCCAAGAUGAAUGGGCCCCCAGUGGAUCCCCCUUCUCUCUGGCAAAUGGCACAGGAGAGGCGGGCCCAGAGGAUCAGGAGGCGGGCUCUGUUUGUUUGCAUGUGAGUGGAGGGGGGGGGGGGGUUACUGCUGUACUGAGAGGAGGAUUCCCACUUGUGACCAUGGUGGACCAUGACAAAGGUGACUGGAUAGUGAGCAGAGCACUGUGAGCCUCCACUGCUCCGACGGGAUUUAUUCCUCCCUCAUGGACUAACGUUCACCUCUGGAUUAUCUGAUUUGAAGUUUGGAAUUUAGCAGCUCAGCGUGGAGGCCGGGAGUCAUGCGAGGUUUUGCAGCUGAGAUGCUGUUGCUGGUGGCGAGGUGCUGACUCAGCAUGUAGCAGAGGUGACGUCCCGUCUGGCCUGCCGACACUCACACGACGACAUGGGGAACUCGUACGCCGGGCAGCUGAAGUCGGCUCGAUUCGAAGAAGCCCUGCACAACUCCAUCGAGGCCUCGCUGCGCUCCAGCAGCGGCGACCCUCAGCCCAUCUUCACGCAGCUCUACCUGGAGCCCGAGCCGUACCCCGGCGCCCUGGAGGACGUGAAGGCCAAGGCAGAGCUGAGCGGCGGCGAGCUGGCGGGCCACGACCUGAUGAACGGCCACUCCUCCAACGAGCCGGAGGAUGAAGAGGAUGACUCGGACAGCAGCAGCCCCCCGCUGCCCUACAUGCAGACGCCGGCUCCAGACGGAUGCUGCACCCUGGAUGGCUUCUGCCAGGCCGGCAAGGACCUGCGGCUGGUCUCCAUAGCAACGGAGCCCAUCGAGGUGCCGGCGGGCUUUGAGCUGGUGGGAGCCAAGUCGCCCAGCGCGCCCGAGCACAUCCUGGUGUGCGCCGUGGACCGCCGCUUCCUUCCGGACGAGAACGGGAAAAAUGCACUUUUAGGUUUUUCAGGAAACUGUGUCGGCUGCGGGGAGAAAGGUUUCCGAUACUUCACCGAGUUCUCCAAUCACAUCAACCUGAAGCUGUCCACGCAGCCCAAGAAGCAGAAGCACUUAAAGUACUACCUACUGAAGAACUCGCAGGGUGCUCUGUGCAAGGGGCCGCUCAUCUGCUGGAAGGACUGUAAGGCGCGGCAGUUCUCCAGCAGCGCGUCCACGUCCAAACCCAGCUCGGCCUCGUCGCUCAGCGGGAAAGAGAACGGAGGAGCCAGCGGGAACAGCUCGUCUCCCUUUUCACUCUCAGACUCGCCGCCCAACAGAGGCGCUCCGGCCUCCGCCGUCUUCUUCGGCCAGGACCUGAGCAGGGACUGCAGCUUCCUCAAGCCUCUGGCCUCCACGCCCGGAAACAAGACUCUCCCGAUAGUCCCCACAGCUCUGAGGGUGAACGCACCCACCAAUGGGCUUGGCGUGGAGGGGCGGCCCCCGCUGCUGAGCCCGUCCCAGGUGUCUCUGGGAGGCCCGAGUCAGGGCUACCGCAGCCUGGAGCUGGGAGACAGUCCAGGAUCCUCGGCCAUGAACUCCGGCCCGCCCAAAAAACGCCACCGCAGCUGGCACCCCAGCGCACCCUUGGUUCCGGUGCCACCCACUGCCGUGCCGGUGCCGGCGAUCCGGCCCAUCGUGUGCUCUCCAGGCUCCGUUCUGGGGGUUCCAUCCCCACAGCCUCCGGUCAGUGGCGUGGUCCAGCCCCAGCCUGUCUCUGUUGGGGAGACUGUCAUCGUUCCUGACAACCUGCUCAAUAUAUCAGGGGUCCGGCCGGUCAUCCUCAUCGGGCACGGCACUCUGCCUUACUUCUACGGGAACGUCGGGGACGUGGUGGUGAGCCCCCUGCUGGUCAGCUGCUACAAGAACAGCCAGCUGACGGAGAAAACCUUGGAGACGCUGGGCCUCAGCAGCAGCCAGCUGCUCAGCGUGGAGACCAUGAUCCUGCUCACGCUGCAGUACCUGGCUCGCCUUGGCUCCGAGCAGAUUCCGCUACGGGAGGAGCUGGAGCAGAUAGUGCUGCGAGCCAUGCUGAGCUGCGCCGGCGGCGCUGCCGUCUCGCCCUCGCAGCUGCCCUGGCUGGCCCGGCUGGAGGCCAGCGUGUCGGGGGGCCACGUCCAAGUGGUGGUCACGCACGGCACCCUGGGGGAGGGCAUAUCGGAGUCACUGCGCUCCCUCAGCGAGGGGCCCCCGCAGCAGCGGGGCCUGCCCACCUACGUCCUCAUCAUCUGUGCCUCCAAGCUCAGUGGCAGCGAGUUCUGCGUGCUCGUCUUAGGCAAGUACCAAGCUCGAGCCCUGGCCGAGGGGAUGCUCACAACCAACGAGUUCCUCAAAGAAAUCAGCUACGAGCUCAUCACCGGGAAGGUCAGCGUCCUGGCCUCGCAUUUCAAAACCACGUCCCUUGGGGACAAUCUGGACAAGCAGCUGGUCCGAUAUCAGCGCCGGCGGAAGGGCCAGGUCAUCCAGCCCUACCAGGGUGAUGUCACGGAGCACAUCCACUCGCAGGAGGCUGCCAGCAUGUCACCGCACACAGACAGAGCGGAGCUGAUAAACAAGGUCUUCCAGAUCUUCCCGGCCCAGCUGUGUGUGGCCCGCAGCCUCCUCUCACAGGUCUGCUCCAUCGCCGACUCAGGCACCCAGAACCUGGAUCUGGGUCGCUUCUGCAAAGUGGAUUUCCUCAUUUUAGUCCCGCCCUCUCACGUUCUGGUUCACCAGACGGCCCAGCGGAUCCGACAGUCAGGGGUCCUGGUGGACCUGGGGAUCGAAGACGCCUCCAUGGCUCACCAGAAAUGCGACAAGUACGUGGUGCGUUUGGACGCCGACAUUCACGUCAAGAUGGAGGCUUUCAUGAGGAAAGUCAAGCAGAACCCCUACACGCUGUUCGUCCUCAUCCACGACAACUCGCACGUGGACCUCACCAGCGCUCUGUCCGGCUCCGUCUGCCACGGGGAGCUGCAGGGUCUGGCUGACCGGGUGGUGAACUGCCAGGAGGUGCUGGAGGCCCUCAACCUGCUGGUGCUGCAGGUCAGCUGCUUCCCCUUCACCCUGCAGACCCACCAGUCCCGCAUCAGCGUCCACAACGAGGUGCACUGGCCGUCCAGGGAGAGCCUGGGGGAGCAGUCGCCACAUGAGCUGGCCUACUUCGGUCUGCGGGACUACAGCCGCUCCCUGCAGUGGGGCGUGGCCAGUCCCAUCCUCCGCUGCGACGAUGCCUUCGAGAAGAUGGUGCAGACGCUGCUGCAGAGGCAUCCGCACCUGCACAGCAUGGUGAUCCGCAGCUACCUGCUGAUCCAGCAGUACACGGAGGCCAUGAUGGCGCUGACCUCCUCGCCCUCACUGCGGGACCACAUCACGCCGGAGACUCUGGCCAUGGUGGAGGACCUGAUCAACGCCCCCGGCCGGGAGGGCUCUCAGGGGCGGGGCCACAUGCUGCUGGUUCGAGUGCCGUCGCUGCAGCUGGCCAUGCUGGCGCGGGAGCGGCUGGAGGAUGUGCGGGACAAGCUGGGGCUGCAGCUGUGCUUCGCCGUGCUGCUGGGGAGCCCCGCCUCCGAGCUCAGCCUGCCCAGGCACUUCAUCAGCCGCCUCAAGGCGUGGCGCGGCUGCGAGCAGGACGACUGGGUGCCGCACACCUACGAGGACCUGGAGGGACUGUCCUGUAUCGUCAUCCUCACCGGGAAGGACCCGCUGGGAGAGACCUUCCCCAGGUCUCUGAAGUACAGCGACCUGCGGCUCAUCGACUCUAGCUACCUGACCCGAACGGCCUUGGAGCAGGAGGUGGGACUGGCCUGCACCUACGUGUCCUCCAGCGUCUUCCAGGACCCGAAGAAAGGGGUGAGCGCCCGAGGCUCCGACGCCGAGAAGGCCACCAGCGCUGCCAACGAUGGGGACGAGCUGGAGCGACCGCACAGCAACGGCAGCGCCGCCACCAGGACCUCCGGUUCGCUGGCAGAGAACGGCGUCAGCUCCUCCGACCUCACCGACCAGAAGCCCUCUACAUCCUCCUGUCCUCCAGAGGGGGGCGUGGCUUCGGAUGGAGGCGCGCUCACCCAAGGCUUCAAGCAGGAGUGCGACUCCUUCGCCGGCCAGAUGGCGCCACACCCGUCCAGAGCUGCCCCGCCCUCCUUCUGCUCCAGCUCCUCCUCCUCCUCUCCGUCGCCGUCCUCCUCCUCCACCCAAAGACCCAGCCAGUCCACGCAGUUGGGUCGGCCUCCCAAGCCGGCCCGGGUGGCACCGCGCACCGCCAUCAUGUCCAGGGCGGCGUACAACCUGCUGUCGGGCGACUCGAGCGCUCAGCUGAACUCGUACUCGCUCCUUCCUCACGCCGACGUGUCCUGGAGCAGCCCGCUGCGGCCGCUCAUCACCGAGAACCUGCUGAGGGAGGAGCAGAGCCGCUACUACCGCCAGUGGACCGUUGCUAGGCAACAUCACGCCGACUACGACGCUCCGCCCGACCCGCACCCCCGGCGCCUGCUGCUCAGUGGUCCCCCGCAGGUUGGGAAAACCGGAGCGUAUCUUCAGUUCCUCCGAAUCCUGUUCCGGAUGCUGAUCCGACUGCUGGAGGUGGACGUGUACGACGAGGAGGACGUGGAGGACGAAGGCGGCGAUGGCGCCGCAGAUAUUGCCACUGCUGCCAACAACCAGUGGCCCGACAUCGAGGAGGUCCGCCAGCUGCCCUUUGACCCCUACCCCAGAGACUUCAAGUUCAGGAAGGCCAGCCCCGUUUACUCAGACGGGAUGGCCAGGUCCGCCAAAGACAUCAAGCAGGAAGCCGGCUGUCAGCCGUGCAAGCGCGAGACCAAGUCCAUUCGCCUGAGUCGCUUCGCCGCCCACAACGCCUUCCACCACUGUGAGCAGUGUCACCAGUACUGUGAACCAGGUCCCGCGUCGCAGCUGCCCGAGUGCACGCUCCACACCUUCACCUUCUGCUCCUCCAUGCUGGGCGAGGAGGUGCAGCUGCAGUUCGUCAUUCCCAAAGCCAAGGAGCAGCACUUUGUCUUCAGCCAGCAGGGCAGCCACCUGGAGAGCAUGCGCCUGCCCCUGGUCUCCCUCAAGGCCGCGGACCUCGUCAAGAGCCCCAUCUUCACGCCCACCACGGGGCGCCAAGAGCACGGGUUGCUCAACAUCUUUCACGCCAUGGAGGGGGCGUCGCACCUGCACGUCCUGGUGGUCAAGCAGUUCGAGAUGGCCCUGUACAGGAAGUACUGGCCCAACCACAUCCUGCUGGUGCUGCCGGCCAUGUUCAACAGCUCUGGCGUGGGCGCCGCUCGCUUCAUGAUCAAAGAGCUGUCGUACCACAACCUGGAGCUGGAGAGGAACCGGCUGGAGGAGCAGGGCGUCAAGCGCCAAGACGUGUGGCCCUUCAUCGUCAUGAUGGACGACUCCUGCGUGCUGUGGAACGCGCAGCAGCCCGCAGACGCCAGCGCCGCGUCAGAAGGAGGCUCCACGCUCACCAACGUGUCUCUGAAGACGGUGCUGCAGCACAUGGAGUCGGCGCCCAAGAUCUCGCUGUACGCCAUGUGCGGCACACGCAAGUGGAGCAGCGGCCUGUCGCGGAGGAGCGGCGGCGGCCGGCAAUUCAGCCGGUGCCACCUCCACGACUUUGUCCUGCUGAACGUGGAUCUGACUCAGAACGUUCAGUACGACCUCAACCGGUACAGCUGUGAGGAGGUGGACUUCAACCUGCGGGUGAACAGCAGCGGCCUCCUGCUGUGCCGCUUCAACUGCUUCAGCUUGAUGAAGAAACACAUUCCAGUCGGGGGGAACAAGGACUUCGUGGUCAAACCCAAGCUGAUGGACAUGGAGAACCCGGCUCCCAUCAGCCCGUCCCAGUACGUGUGCGCCCCAGACAGCGAGCAGACCCUGCUGGACGCCCCGGCCCAGUUCCUGCUGGAGAAGUUCCUGCAGAGCUGCAGCCACCGACUCUUCCCUAAAGCGGUUCUGAACCCAAACAACCCGGUUCUGUCCGUCGACAGCUACCUCAACAUCAGCCCGGAGAUUGCCGUGUGCUACAUCAACUCCCGCCCACACUCCACCAACCUCAACCACCAGGGUCUGGUGUUCAGUGGCCUGCUGCUGUACCUCUGCGACUCCUUCGUGGUCUCCGGGCUCCUGAAGAAGUUCCGCUUCCUCAAAGGUGCCACCCUCUGCGUCAUCUGCCAGGACAGAAGCUCCCUGCGCCAGACCAUCGUCCGGCUGGAGCUGGAGGACGAGUGGCAGUUCCGCCUGCGGGACGAGUUCCAGACGGCCAACUGCAGCGAGGACCGGCCGCUCUACUUCCUCACCGGACGCCACGUUUGAGCCGGCAGCCGCGAAUGUGCCGCUUUCAUUCGCUGAGGACGGGGUCAGCGCGUGCGCUCUCGCUGGACUCAGCUCAUACUCGACUGAAGAAGAAGAAAGUGAGACUGAUUGUACGUCAGCUACGUCCCGCCUGGACGUAGGUGUUGAUCUCAGGGUUCCAAAGGAAAUGGGACACUGUCCCGGGUGAAGGUCUCCACUCUGUUGCGCCACUUUUCCCAGGUAUUCAUUUAUGUUGGCACCGGAGACGCUCUCAGCUGCACCUUGUCUUUCACCCUCACGCUCACCGUCACGCCGCCUGCACUCACCGCCCUCACCUCUUCCAACCACGGGGGGGGGGGAAACCCAACUUUCCUUGAACCCUGAAAUUCAAAUCCAUCCUGUUGCUUGGCUGUCGAGCCCUUAACAGAUGCACAUGACGGGAUUAAAUCAUUGUCCUCACCUUCCACGCUGCUGCUGGCGUGUAAACCCCCCCUAAGUUAAAUAUUUUGCUCACUUAUUAGGGGCUUUACGGCACAGACAGUGUUGAAUCCCACCUUUUAAACGGGGGCAGGUGUUUUUAAGUGAAUGGAUGAACAUGCCAAAGUUGUGACCUUGAACGCAGUGUUGUUUCUCACUUCCCGCCCCGUGGCUGGCGCGAGCUGGAGCUCACGCCGCCCUGGGACGCGACUCUCGCGGGACUUUCCCCAAAUCCGUUUCACAUACUUGAAAGGACAAUGUUCCUGCACAGGGUCGCCCAAAGACGAGGCCUUAAGUGACUUUUUGAUUCGGACCAAUGAGAAGGAGGGAGCUGUGAGGCGAAUGAAGAAUGUGAUCGUCCGACUGGGCAGGAGGGUUCGGACGACUGUACUGUUUAAAACGUGUUUACAUUAGUAAUAUAUUACCAAGCCCCAGACCGGCCGGGCUUUUAUGUCGAUGUUAGCCAGUGUAUUUUGACGAAAGAAUCUACCUAGACGUGUCCUUGCUGCGGCCCGUCACGCCUGCUUUUUUUAAAUCCCCAUCAGCGCUGCGAAGGGACUUUAUUUAUUGACCUGUGUUUGUUACGCUUCAGCUGGCUUCCGGAGCCGCCGGAGCUGAAAGCUUUGCACAAGAGCCAAGCCAAUGAUUGUAGGAUCUACUGAAUGUCGCGGGGGAGGGGUGGUUCACUUGCACUACUGGAGCUGCCAGCGCUGUGUGCAGAAGAGGUUUGGGAAUGUGAAAUCCUGAUAUGCAACUUGCUCUCACAAUCUUCACUCUCGUGUCAACAACCGAGUGUCCGGGUGGUCUACCUCACGUCACAGGAGUGGUGGCAGGCUGUGGUCAUGUGACGUCAUAGCCGGUUGUUGGUGGUAAAAUAUGUAUGAAUGUAUUAAAGUGACUUCUGAAAUCUUAAGGUUCCGCUCUUGGGUGCACAGUCCACGGUGGGUUUCUUUGCUCCAGCUCUCCACACGUGAGCAUCUGUGACAUGCUGUUGGAUCCGAGACUGCAGGACCUUCAUCUGAGGACUGGGGUCAGCAUGUGUGGACCACCUCGCCCAAGUCCAGGACCAAGACCAAGCUGACUCCGGAAUCUGCCGUUCGAGUCAAAACACAACAGGAAGGUCAAGGUCAAGGUCAAUGAUGUCUUCACAUGUGCGACCUUUGUCAUCAGUUGUGAUCCUCAAACACGUGCGCGCUCGAGUCGUCCUCUCUUGUCGUCCCAUCCCGAAGCUUUUGGGGCACGGCGCUAGCCACCGCAGCUCAUCUGUCUCGGGGGGGUGAAAGUGCACGGCCGGGGGAUUACGUAUCGCCGUCACUGGAUCAUGUCCACGGCUGCACAUCAGCAAGUUAAUCCCGCCACUGCGGCGCGGCCACUGAAGCCCCACGAAGAGAUUCGCUCCCACAGCAAAGACAGCGAGGCAGGACUCCGCUGGACUCUUUAUUAAAUAUUAAAUAUUGUAGUAUAUGACGCUGCCGUCACGCGACUACUGCAGUUAUUUCCCGUGGUGCGGAGAGCGAUGCAACACAGACGCGAUGACGCACAUGCUGCUGGACGGAACACACGGCGCCACCUGUCUGUCCCAGCCAACUCACACACAGUGGCCACCCCCCCAUCGUCGCAGUGGUCAUUCAUCCGUCGUUCAGAAAAGGUGCGAAACAAAAGUGCAUGCUGGGAGAGGAGGUGGUGAUCAUGCAGCGCCAUGUUGUGGGGUGAACCUUCACCCCACUCCCAGAGCUACUGCGGGGCAGCUGUGCAAAUUAAAAACACCUCAGUGCAUCAAACGCAUCUGGAUCAGGGGGGUCCGAGUCCAGAGAGGACGGAAACUCCAG